AUUCCUUCUACAAGCCAUGCCGGGUCACCAUAUUGAACUGCCUCCUGGAUAUGGCUCAGUUCGUGACUAUAUUGACGGUCUCGUAGCAUUUUUGCAGUCGUAUCAGCAUUUGUGGCAGUUUCAUGCUGUUGACUUCUUCACAAACGAUUAUUGGUCUUCGGGCCAUUUUCCGAAAGAAUGGCAUUUGUUGAAGGAAGAUGCUAGUGUAACCUAUGACCAUCUACUAGCUCUAGCCGCCAACGGCACAGUGAAGGAAGACUGGCCAGAGUCUUUAAAGGAAUUUGUUGCGUUGUCGAAAUCAAUAGCGCUACCUCGAGAUCCGAGCCGUGAGCCUAUCGCCAAGGAAUUGGAGCGAACAGUGGCAUACUUAGACAAUAAGGUUACUUACGGCAUGACACCAAAAAAGAAACACGAGGUGCAGCUCCUCGCCCAUCUCAUUAAUAACCUGGCUGUUGAAUCGAAAUCAUCGUGUAUAAUGGAUCUUGGCGCUGGACAAGGAUACCUUGAUGCAGUACUAGCAUAUACUUAUUGCCAUACUGUCAUCGGUGUCGACGAUGAUGAAAUACAAACAUGCGGAGCAAAACGGCGAUCUGGAAUGAUAGAGAAGAUCUUCUCAAAGCCCAAGAACAAAGAUAAAGCUAUCGGCAAGGUUUAUCAUGUGAAUCGAAGGGUAACGGCUGAGGAGAAGUUCAAUGAACUACUAAGCGAGGUCAAAAGUCAAGCGGGGGUAGCAGAAGAGGAAAGAGUAAUAGAGGAAGAAUCUAAAAGAUGGCUACUCUGCGGUUUACAUGCUUGUGGAGACCUCUCAGCCGCUCUGGUACGACACUUCUUGAUGAGCGACGCGAGAGUUCUUGUUUCGGUAGGGUGCUGUUACAACCAUCUUACCGAAGAAGGGCCCGAUCCUUGUAUUCCCCCAAAAUAUCAACUGCCGGACAGCCCACCGCCUCGGCGGAGGCCAGCCCCACCCUCACCACUCUGCGAAACGGGUGAAAGAGGACUAAUUGUAACGCACAGUGCUGGAUUUCCGUUAAGCAAGUACGUUUGGUCACAGGGCGUCUCACUAGGAUUCACCGCACGGAUGUUGGCAUGUCAGGCAACUUGUCGAUGGACUCAGCAGGGAGACGCAGCAAAAGAAAGUUUUUCAAGACAUUUUUAUCGCGCACUUUUACAGCUGAUCAUCCUAGAGAAGGAGCUCAUUCCAGAUCUCGACGACUCGCGAAACAUUGUGAUCGGACGGUUGGCCAGAGGAGCUUUCGGAAACGGGUUUAUUGGAUAUGCAAGACAUGCUCUACGAAAGCUAGGGAUUGAUUUGGACAAGGCGGGACUCACUGACGACGUUUUGAGAGAAUACGAGGAGAAGUACAGAGAUAGGGAGAAAGAAGUUGCAGUUGUAUGGACACUUAGGGCUAUGGUCGCAGAAGCAAUUGAGAGCUUGAUACUGGUGGAUCGUUUUUUAUCCAUUGUAGAAAUGACGGGUGAGCGCGAUGUGUAUGUCGAUGCAAAAUCGAGAAACUUAAUGGAGGCUGAGGGCGACGGGCAAAGAUACAAUGGAGAAUAUGAUAACGCGACAUGUCAAAGUCCAAUGCACUUAAGUGUCAUGUUAUUCCCACUCUUCGACCAUGUUGACUCCCCACGAAAUAUGGUACUAGUUGCUAAAAAAAUUAGAUAGACUAUUGUAAAUAGAAUUAUAUUACGCCAGAUCGGUUCCGAGCAAUGAGUGAGUGUGCAUCUUCAU